AUGGACCUCCCCGAAGUAAGUUCGGCCUCAAAAGAUGGAGAAGCCUAUUACCCGGACUGCGAAACUAUCGAGAAAAUGGAGGUGGUCUUCAUGAACUGGGUCAAAAGCUACAGGGCCAUCCCUGAAGGCGAGCCGUUUCCGCCAAGACAGAUACCACGCCGCAUUCCUAGGGCCUACUCUACCGGUUAUCGGAACCCAGCCCUAUUGAGGCAAUCGUUUGAAGCAAUAGACCGUCCAGUAUGCUUGGAGACUGUACGCCGUACCAUUGAGGACCAAAUGAUUGAGGAGAUGUACCGCUGCGGCAAGGAAUCCUCGCCCCAUGUCGGGUAA